AUGGACAAGGUGGUGCUACAAGGAUGGGGAGCACACGGCUGCGACGGCCGAAACAUCAACGUCAGCGUUCAGCGUUCAGCGUUCAGCGUUCAGCGUUCAGCGUUCAGCGUUCAGCGUUCAGCGUUCAGCGUUCAGCGUUCAGCGUUCAGCGUUCAGCGUUCAGCGUUCAGCGUUCAGCGUUCAGCGUUCUACGUUCAGCGUUCAGCGUUCAGCGUUCAGCGUUCAGCGUUCAGCGUUCAGCGUUCAGCGUUCAGCGUUCAGCGUUCAGCGUUCAGCGUUCAGCGUUCAGCGUUCAGCGUUCUACGUUCUGCGGUUGCUGCUUGCUAA